AUGCUACUCAAGGAAUGGAGAACGCAUUUCAACGUGAAACAAGAUAUGCUACGAACUAUGCCACUCUGGGUCAAACUGCCUCAGCUACCUCUUCAUCUUUGGGGAGCACGUAGCCUCAACAAAAUUGGAAGCGCCAUUGGUAUGCCGCUAGUUACAGACGAAUGUACUGCUCAUAAACUCCGAGUCUCGUAUGCUAGAAUCCUUGUGGAGGUUGAUGUCACCCGCAAACUGGUGGAGGAGAUCACACUGAAGGAUAAUGAAGGAAGAAAAAUGAAGCAAGCCAUCGAGCAUGAAUGGAAGCCAAAGUUCUGUGAUAAAUUUCAGAGGAUGGGGCACAUAUGCGGUGAACCAACUCUAAAGAAAGUAUGGAAACCGAAGCAGCAACAGGUAGUAGAACCACCAGAGAAACCAAUCACUACAACUCCACCAGUAGCAGAUACCAUUGAGGAGAUUGAGGAAGAAUGGACCAAAGCCAGCAAAUGCGUCAGGGACAAAGCCUGGAAUGUACGGGGGUUAAAUAAAUCUGGCAAGGCAAGGGAGAUUAGCUCCCGUCUCCUUGAGCUUGCACCAGAAUUUCUGAUCUUAUUGGAGACUAGGGUCAAGGCUAACAAGGCUGAUGCAGUCAGGAAUAAACUGAGUUUCAAGGGGACUUAUCUAGACGAUUACAAUAAGCACUUGAAUGGUAGAAUCUGGCUUGGUUGGGAUCAUAAUAAAUGGAACUUGAGAUAUGUUAGUAGUAGUAGUCAGCAUAUCCAUUGUGGGGUAUAUGACACUCAUGGAGACUUCCAUUUCUGGAUUACUGCUAUCUAUGCCCACAAUACUUUGGAAGAGAGGAGAAGAUUAUGGACUAAACUGGAAACAAUUCAUAUGAAUCAGCAGGGCCCUUGGUGUGUAUUGGGGGAUUACAACAAUGUAGCUAAUGCACAGGACAGGAUUGGGGGCCAGAUGGUCACUGAAGCAGAAUACAAGGAUAUGCAAAUCUCAGAUCAUGCUAUUUUGUAUAUAAGAGGUAAUACAAUUGGAAAAUUCAGAGGCACCUUUAGGUUCAAGAAUUAUUUGACCACCAUUGAGGGCUAUGAUGACUUGGUUGCACACAGUUGGAGGCAACAAGUGAGAGGCAGACCAAUGGUGAUUUUGUGGCAUAAAUUGAGGAGAUUACAAACUGAGCUAAAGAGGUUUGGCAAACCUAGUACUGAUGUGAAGAUUAAACUAGUCAAGGCAAGGCAAGAGCUUGAACAGGUACAAGAGAAUCUGAGGACUAACAGAUUUAAUAUCCCUGCAAUUGAAGAGAUAAAGAGAAUCACUGAAGAAAUUAUCCACUGGAACACUAUUGAAGAAAGUAUAAUGCAACAAAGAACAAAGAUUGACUGGCUCAUUAAAGGAGAUGGGAACACUGCCUUUUUCCAUGCAUAUCUCAAAUCAAAAAAUAGAGCAAAGGGUAUGUGGUGCCUCCAAAACAGCAAUAGUGAUGUGCUAACAAACCAGGAGGAUAUAGAGAAAGAAGUAAUGGAUUUUUACACUAAUCUGAUGGACACUCAAAGCAGAGAAUUGGAACAGAUUGAUAUUGAUGCCAUGAGAAGAGGUAACCAAGUAUCCAUGGAGCAGAGAGCCUAUCUUGUGAGCCCAAUUACUUUAAAGGAAGUGGAGGAUGCUCUAAAAGGCAUAGGUGAUCUCAAAAGUCCAGGUGUUGAUGGGUAUGGGGCAAAGUUUUCCAAGGCUAGUUGGAAAACUAUAAAAGAAGAUGUUGUAGCAGCAGUUAUGGAAUUCUUUGACCACUGCAGGUUGUAUAAGCCUUUCAAUAGAACUGCAGUCACCUUGAUCCCAAAGAGCAAUAAUGUAAAAACUGUUAAAGAAUUUCGUCCAAUUGCAGGGUGCACAACCUUCUACAAAAUUAUCUCAAAAGUCUUAACUACAAGGUUGGGGAAAGUCCUUCCAGACAUUAUUAGCCUCUGUCAGGCUGCCUUUGUUCCAGGACAGAAAAUCCACCACCAUAUUUUGCUGGCUUUUGAGCUUAUGAAGGGCUAUGAGAGGAAAGGUGGUACACCUCGUUGUAUGCUCCAAUUAGACCUCCAAAAAGCCUAUGACAUGGUGGAUUGGAGGGCUUUGGAGGAAGUUAUGUAUGAGUUAGGGCUGCCAAUGUAA